UGUUAAAGCUACGGUAGCUACCUACAUAGAUACCCAAGGUACCCUAGCGUCAUCUCAAUACGUGACCGAGAAGCACCAAUCACGACGUUGUUGAAGUUAAUGCGAGGCGUAUCAAUACAAGAUAGUUUAGGCCACGAGCAUAAGAGGCUACAGCGUCUACUAGGUAUUGCAAAAUUGCAUACAUUAAGCAUGCUUGGCCUAAUUAGGUAGCAUGAUUAGCAUGAUCAGCAUCAACAGCAUUAGCUUCUAAACGAUGAGUAAAGAGGAAGCACAUAUAAUGGCACACCUAAUUGGCUGUUGAACUGAGAUAACUUACCCCUACCCCUCUUUUUCAUCGACGAGAUGGCUCGGCUUGAUCUGGCAUCAACACGUGGAUCCUCAAACCGACACGGCUUAUCCAUAAUCUAGUGGCCAGUGAAGUAAGCCAGUGUAUGACCAAAGUACAGAAUCUGUUACCCAAACGACACGCGGGAUAUAUACUAGACGACUGUGACAGAAGAUAACUGGCCAAGAUGGCGACGAUCAGUUCAGCAGCCCCGCGCUUCAAACUUGUGUUCCGCGUACCCCCGGCAGCCCUAGCGUCCGUUAAAACCGCAAUAUUCUCUACGGGUGCGGGCCGCUAUCCGGGACCGGGCAAUUACACUGAAUGCUGUUGGACAACCAUGGGCACCGGUCAGUUCCGGCCCGGAGACGCCGCAAAUCCCCACAUCGGGAAAGUCGGCGAGCUCGAGGAGGUCCCGGAAGCUAGAGUGGAAACACUCUGCGUCGGCGAGGAUACCGUUAGAAAAGCCGUCGAGGCGUUGAAGAGAGCACAUCCUUAUGAGGAACCGGGGUAUGAAGUAUAUAGAGUAGAGGAUAUUUGACCUCCUUGAAAGCAAGGAGUAACAGUAUAUCGCAACCCGUCGCAGCGUUAUCUAUACAAAUGGGGUGACUCGUGGAACUGGGUUGAUUCUCAUGCAGGUAAAUUUCCAUAUUAUGGAAGCUAAUGAAUAUAUCGGUAUUCACGAUUUGACAUGAGCUAAAUCCUC